AUGGCGAGAGAGGAAGGGAUGGGUCUUGCUCCUUGGGGUCCUAUUGGUGAGGGACGCUUCAAGACGAGAGAUGUGCUGGGGAAGAUGGAAAAGGGUAGUCGUGGAUUGGAAGUCACGCAACGGGAUCGGGAUGUUUCUGCUGUGCUGGAGAAGGUUGCGGAGCGGAAAGGUAAGACGCUUUAUCAGAUUGCGCUGGCGUAUUUGUUCCACAAGACUACGUAUGUGUUUCCUAUUGUGGGCACUACGAAAGCGGAGCAUCUUGCGAGUAAUAUCGAGGCGCUGGGGAUUGAGUUGAGUGGGGAGGAGAUGGGGGAGAUUGAGGCGGCGUAUCCGUUUGAUUUCGGUUUCCCGCAUACUUGUUUGUCCGGGACGCAGUUUAUGGGAGAGAAGGCGGAGCCGAAGCAGGUGCAGGGACCGGAGGAUGUGUUAUGUUCACUGCGAGGACUGCGAAUAUCGAUUGGGUCAAGGGGAGCAAGCCGAUUGUUCCGGGCGAGAGCAAGUAGAGAGGUGCGGAGGGAAGAAACGGCCUUGGAAGAUGGUUGUCGACGAUAUCGCGCAAGUCUCUGGUAUGGCUGGCAAGGUAUUCUGAAAAAGCGACAGGGUCAGAUCUCUUCCAAAGUAGUGCUUCUCAGACAGAGAUGGAGCAUGCAAAAAUGGCAAGGCUCAUACUUGGCGAGCAAAAUGUUUUUUAUUUUCGCAAGUAGUGAAAGGCUGUUGAAAUGUCGCACCUCCGCGACUGAUUCUAGAAGAUGA